UCUCUCUCUCCCUCACAUCGGAGCAAUGCACACAUAGGACGUAGCAUCAAUCAUAAAGUUGAUGGGUAUAAAACGAUUUGUUUGUUCUUCUAUAGUUUGAAUUUGAACCUUUUAAAUGAUUUUACAUUCGAAAAGGAAUUCUCUAGGAUUAUGUGGCUAAGAGUUUUAACCUUUAAAGCGCAACUUAUAAUUGUCAUCGUACAAAAUUUUGAGAUUCAUCAGAUUAGAAACGCUAUGUUGGUGGAGAUUGCUGAUUGUUAUGACUUAGACUGGGGACAUCUUUCAAUGUAUCUUCACAAGAAACUUUCUGUGCUCGAAAUAGACAAGGAGUUUGUGUUUUCUGUAUAUAUUUGGUGAUGGCCACCGUAGCUGGCCCAUGCAUUUGCAAGUGAUGCUAAUUGACUUAUAAUGUUCCUUGGUCAAACUUAUGGAAGAAUUAGAGAAAGCAAGUGUAAGAUUACAUGAUUUCCUCUGAACUUUAUCAUAAGAGAGUUCCAAUAACAAAUCUCUCCCUCUCUCUCUCCUCAAAAAAUACAAACAUCAGAAAUGAUGUAGGUAUAAUUUUUCGUAGAACUGCAUCCUAUGCUUUUCUCACAUGGACAAAGUUAUCGGAUAUUUGAUGCUUGCAAGGCAGCCAAUUGUUGGUCUCUCUUAGUGAUGUGUUACCGGCAGAAGCUUGGAUUCUUUCAUCCAUUUGAGGAUUUUAAUUUUCGGUUUAGGAGUCAAUUUUAUUUAUUUCUAAGCCCAAACCUGAAUAUCGAUAUGGAUAUGUGUAUUCUUUCUUUUGAUUGUUGUAUAUCUCGUCAUGCAUGUACAUGGAUUCCCUUUUCUCUUUUAUGUCAUUGGAAUGCCAGGAAAAAAGAUAUCAAAUUAUUGCGGUUUGUGUAUACUUUUCACUUUUGUUUCUCCUUUUCCUUUGUCACAUGAUAUGUUCCAAAUGCCUGAAUUUCCUUCCAACACGUUAACUUAAACAUGGGAGUUUUUGUGUAGCCAAAGUACUCUGUUUGUCUAGAAGCCGGAAAGCAUUUCCCAUUUUUUCGCUUGCUGGUUAUAGGUUUAAUGCAAUUUGUCCGUGGCCAUUGUACUCUUGAAACUUCAUAUAAGCUGCCAGGCAAAUAUGGAAAUGUUUGCAUCUCAAUAUACAGACAAUGUAAUAUUUUGACUGGUGGUGGGGUGUGGGCCGCUUACCCUAUUGUCUUUUCAAUCAGUAAUUACUGGGGGAUUUUCCACUCCAUAACAACAGUAUUAUUGUCUGUAGCUACUGCUUCUACAUUUAUCCUUGUGGCAUUUCGUUGUGCGGGUGCACCCCCAGUCAUACAGUGGGGUAGCUAUAGAGUAGUGGGAAAAGGCAGACUUGAGGAUUAUACUUUCUGCCACUAUUGCUCGAAGCCAAAGUCACCCCGGACUCAUCACUGUCGAUCAUGUGGAAUGUGUAUCUUGGACAUGGAUCAUCAUUGCCCAUUUAUUGGGAAUUGCGUUGGGGCAGCCAAUCACCGGAGCUUCAUUUUCUUCCUCAUCUCAGCAGUUGCUAGUACAGUCUAUGUUUCCAUCAUGUCUGCAUACGCGGCGUAUCACCUCUGGCCACCAUUGAAACUCGGGACUCUUAACAUUUCGAGGGGAUCUAGCAACAUCUUGGCUUUUAACACAGUGAAGACUAUUCUAUUUGGUUUUCUAAGAUCUGCAGAGUUUCUGUCAGCUAGAGGGUUUGUACUUGCUUACCUGUUUGUUUCAUGCUUAUCGGUACAAAUUGGAUUAAGUGUGCUUUUGUGGCAACAGCUCUGCUACAUAUACCAGGGAAACACAUAUUUGAGUCAUCUAAGUUCACAGGGUAGUGAUGCUGUUGUGCAAAGAGAUUGCCAAAACAUUGCUCGAUUUUUCGGUUGCUCACAUUCUGCAUUGCGGUACUUGCCACGGUUUCAAAAUCCUCGGAAGAGGCACAAGAAAUGAACUUAUAAUAGGGGAAACUUCUCCCUUUCUGAAAGAUCUUCCACGUUUUGUCUCUUCCUAUUUUUUCAAAGAGACUAUUUUUGUUGUUUUGGAAGUUUAUUUCUGAGGUCCUGUUUUGUUUGAUCGAUGUUGUUGUAAUAGAAUGCAAAGUUGUAAACAGGCGGCAAAAGGAAUGCGAAAGUUGAUAUGAAUUUUCUUUGAACU